GUUCAUGGAAAUCCCAUCUGGAGGACUGAAUGAAAGUGAAUUCUCCUUGGAAACUCAAAGCUCUGGGGAGAACUCCAGGCAGAACUUUAAAUUUGGGAGUAAUCUGUGUGAAUGGAACUGACAACAGUCAAGGAUGAGGAAAUGAACUUCACCCAUGUGGAGGAGGAACAGCUGAAUUCUGCCCAGCUGAAUUCUGCCCAAAGAUUCUGAAUCUGUCCCUGAAAUGAAAGUGUCCCUUUCAAAGCAGGAAGUUUGUGAAGAAGUAUCAUCUGAAAGGGAGCUGAUAAUAAGACUUACAAAGGAUGAUUCCUGGAACUUCAGAUCGAUAAAAGCCUGGGAAUGUGGAGGCACAUUACAAAGGCAGCAGGGAAAAUGGCAAGUCAUAAUUAAACUCAAGAGAUACACUAUGGAGGAUCGUAAUGAAAUCAGGGAAGGUUCAAACACAAUUAAACAUCAGAAAGUUUACUCAGUGAAAAAGCCUUGGAAGUGCAGUGAGUGUGGCAAGUCCUUCAGUUACUACUCACCAGAGGAUUUAUCCUACACCAGAGGAUUCAUACAGGAGAGAAGCUCUAUCUAUGUAUGUUCUGAAUGUGGAAAGGCCUUCAGCUGGAGCUUGUCACUUAUCCAGCAUCAGAGAAUCCACACUGGAGAGAAAGCCUACGAGUGUCAUGAAUGUGGAAAAGCUUUCAGUCAUCGUUCAGCCCUUAUUCAACAUCAUAUCAUUCAUACCAGAGAAAAGCCCUGUGAGUGCAACGAAUGUGGGAAGGCGUUCAACCAAAGCACGUACCUUAUCCAACGUCACAGAAUACAUACCGGAGAGAAAUCCUAUAAAUGCAAGGAGUGUGGGAAAGCUUUCAAUGACACCUCAUCCCUUAUUCAACAUCAAAGGGCAUACUGGAGAAAAACCCUACGGAUGUAAAGAGUGUGGGAAAGCCUAUAGUGACAGAUCAGGCCUUACUCAACAUCAGAGAACUCACACGGGAAAAGCCGUAUGAAUGUAGUGAAUGUGGGAAGGCCUUCAGUUACUGUUCAGCUCUUAUUCAACAUCAAGGAACCCACACUGGGGAGAAACCUUACAAAUGUAAUGAAUGUGGGAAAGCCUUUCGUGACCGCUCAGCUCAUGUAGGACAACAGAGAACUCAUACUGGAGAGAAACCAUGUAAAUGUGAUGAUUGUGACAAAGCCUUCAGCCAGAGUUCUCUUCUUGUUCAACACCAGACAAUUCAUGCAGGAGAAAAACCCUACAAAUCUUAGCCUGAUGGCCGGGAUCCUGCACCACCUCAGAGACCAGGCCAUGGAAGCCGUGUUCCUGCCAGUCCUGUGGAAGGGGUUGCUGGCCUUUGAGGACGUGGCUGUGUACUUCACCAGGGAAGAGUGGGACGCACUGCACUGGCCUCAGAAGGCCCUCUACAGGGACGUGAUGCUGGACAACUACAGAAACGUGCUCUCCUUGGGUAACGAGUUGGCUUGAAGGUGAGGGGAAUGGGAUUAGGGAGGGCACAUGAGUGUCCCUUACAGUAGGGGUCCCCAACCCUGGGGCUGAGGACCGAUACCGGAUCCGGGCCACACAGCAGGAGGUGAGUGGCAGGCGAGUGAGUGAAGCUUCAUAUGCCACUGCCCAUCGCGUGCAUUACUGCCUGAACCAUCACCCCCCCCAACCCCCAUCCAUGGAAAAAUUGUCUUCCACGAAACUGGUCCCUGGUGCUGGAA